AUGCCGGGAAUCAUCCUCAAGCGGCCAUUGAACGGCGACGUCACGAUGAGCGCGGAUCAGCGAAGGCCGGACUUCUAUCUCAUCGCCAACGAUGAUGCUCUCUACGAACAGGAUGUGCUGCGGAACCCAGGCAGCGUCCGACCAUGGUUGACAUAUAUCGACCACAAGAUGCGUAAUGGCACGGUCCACGAGCAGGCUUUUGUCAUGGAGCGGGCUUGCAUCCGUCUGCCACGGUCGUACAAGCUGUGGAAGCUAUACCUUGACUUCAGGAUCAAGCAUCUCAAGAAGAAGAACGCCGUCAAGUACAGGGCCGAAUUCAAGAAGGUCAAUGCGCUGUUUGAGAAGUCAAUAGUGCUGCUCAAUAAGAUGCCAGUUAUCUGGGAGAUGUAUCUAGCCUUUCUGCUGCGACAGCCAUACGUAACCACGACCCGGAGGACGUUUGACCGUGCCCUGCGCGCACUGCCUGUCACUCAGCACAAUCGACUAUGGAAGCUAUACAAAGGUUUCGCGGAUUCGGCAUCGGGAGACACAGCCGUCAAGAUCUGGGCACGAUACGUGCAGAUCCAUCCGGAGGACAUGGAAGACUACAUUGAGCGGUUGAUCGAUGCUGGCCAAUACCGUGAGGCCGUGAAAAGGUACAUACAGAUCCUGGAUAACCCACGCUUCAAGUCAAAACACGUCAAAAGUGACUUCCAGCUAUGGACGGAGAUGGUUGAGCUCAUCGUCAACAAGGCCAGGGAUAUCGGUGACAGCCUGGCUUCUGGUAUUGACGCAAAUGCCAUCAUUCGCAGUGGCAUAUUACGCUUUCCGGACCAGCGUGGACGCUUCUGGGCAGCGUUGGCAACUUACUGGAUCUCGAGAGGCGAGCUCGAGCAGGCCAGAGAUGUGUUCGAGGAAGGCAUCACGACCGUCAUGACCGUCCGAGACUUCACCAUGAUUUUUGACGCAUACGUCGAGUUCGAGGAGACCGUCAUUUCAUCCCUGAUGGAGGCCGCAUCCCAGCGAGCCGCCAAAGGCAAGACCGACGCGCGAAAAGACGCCGAUCUCGACAUGAAGAUGCUCCGCUUCGAGCACCUGAUGGACCGACGACCAUUCCUAGUAAAUGACGUCCUGCUCCGCCAGAACCCCAACAACGUAGUAGAAUGGGAAAAGCGCAUCGCGCUUUGGGCAGACAACCAGCAAGAAGUCGUGCAAACCUACACCGACGCCAUCAAAGCCAUCAACCCCCGAAAAGCCGUCGGCAAGUUCCACGACCUCUGGCUCAACUACGCCAAAUUCUACGAAGCAGGCAACGACCUCGCCACCGCCCGCAUCAUUCUCGACCGCGCCGUCAAAGUCCCCUACAAAUCCGUCGUCGAACUCGCCGACACCUGGAUCGGCUGGGCCGAAAUGGAGCUCCGUGCCGAAAACUUCGACAACGCCAUCAACGUCAUGGCCAAAGCGACCCAAGCGCCCAAACGCAGCACCGUCGACUACUUCGACGAAACCCUGUCCGCCCAACAACGCAUUCACAAAUCCUGGAAACUCUGGUCCUUCUACGUCGACCUCGUCGAAUCUGUCGGCGACCUCCCCUCCACCCGCGCCGUCUACGACCGCAUCUUCGAGCUGCGCAUCGCCACCCCACAGACCGUCGUCAACUACGCCAACCUCCUCGCCGAGCACAACUACCACGAAGACUCCUUCAAGAUCUACGAGCGCGGCCUCGACCUCUUCUCCUACCCCGUCGCGUUCGAGCUCUGGAACCUGUACCUCACCAAAGCCACCGCCCGCAAGAUCGAGAUCGAGCGGCUCCGCGAUCUCUUCGAGCAGGCAGUCGAGAACGAAGACCGCGGCCUCGCUCGCUCCGCUAUGCGCAUCUACGAGCGCGCCACGAGCGCUGUCGCCGAGAAAGAUCGAUUGGCGAUGUAUGAUUUCUACAUCGCCAAAGCCGCAGCAAACUUCGGCCUCACACACACACGUGCUAUCUACGAGCGCGCCAUCGCCGCGCUGCCGGACAGGGACGCGAAGGAGAUGUGUGUCAAGUUCGCGGAGAUGGAACGCCGAUUGGGCGAGGUCGAUCGGGCUCGCGCUAUUUACGCCCAUGGUAGCCAAUUCGCGGAUCCGCGCGUUGAUAUGUCGUUCUGGAGAACGUGGGAGCAGUUCGAAGUCGCACAUGGUAACGAAGACACCUUCAGGGAAAUGCUCAGGAUCAAGAGGAGUGUGGCGGCGCAGUUCAAUACGGAUAUCAACUUCAUCGCGAACCAGGCUUUGGCGAAGGGGCAAGCUGCGGCUGGUGGUGUCAAUGGGACGCAUGAGGGCGAGGACGAGGAUGGAGGGAAGAGUGAUGCAAUGGCAGCGUUGGAGCGGCAAGCGAGGGCGCCGGUGGGAUUCGUGGCGGCGAGUACGGGGCCUGAGGGUGGAAAUCGUGCGCCGCCGGUGCAGCCGCCUGUUGCUGCGGCGGCGGUGAAUCCGGAUGCGCUUGAUGUUGAUCUUGAUGAUGAGGAUUGA